CCGCCAUGGAGCCCUCGCCCUUGACGCAGCAGUCGCGCCCCGACUCGUUCAAGCCCAAGGUCGUGCAGCUCUACGAGACGCUGUUCCACGCCGACAAUGAAGACGCCGACCACUCGGACGGCUUCUGGGAGGAGUUCUUCCUGCUGAAGCCCGAUCCCGCCAGCUUACGACGCGUCCUGGCCGACCUGAGCCCGGACGCCCUGCUACACCUGCAGGCCCCCGCCCAGCAAUUGUUCGCGCGCGCCAUCCAGCGCAUCAAGGCCGCUCGCGCGCCUGCCGACGACAUCGCCCUCGAUACUUUAACGGUCUUCCUAGGCGCCGUACUGAGCAAGAAAUACACCAAUCCCUCGUCAGACAUCCUCUCGGUGCUCGCGGGCCUUGACGACGCCGACGCCGUCCUGUCCGAGUUUGUGGCCGCGCUCGAUGUCAUUAUACGUAGUGGGCGGAGUAAGCCAAUCCGCCGCAAGGCGAUCCGGGUUGCGUUGUCCAUCACCUCCGGGGCGUACCAGACGGGCAUCAUCACCUUCUUCACGCACCGCGACCUGUUCCCGGCGCUGAUGAAGUUCAUCCAGGACUCCGACCCGAGCAGCGAGGCGUUUGAGCCGUUUGUGCUGCUUGGUUUGCUGUCAAACUACAACAAGUUCGAGUUCCAGAACCCGUACCGGCUGCGGCUCGACGACUUUGUCAACGACGUCGCGAUCAAGAAGACGGUCCAGUGCUUGGGCAGCACGUGCCGCGAGGCGCGCGACAAGUACGUCGCGGUACAGGAUGAUCUGCCCGAAGGCUGGACCCUGGGAGGUACGCUCAGCUGGGUAGGGUUGGGUGCGCUGACAGGCUCCAAGCCGAGUAGCCCUGUGCUUUCUGCGGAAGAGGCGCAAUCGGCCUUCACUUCACUUCCUGGGCCCGAGGCGGCUCUGCUGCUCUCGACAUAUGAUUUUGUCAACGCGAACAAGCUGUUCGGAUUCAAUCUGGUCAACAUGCCCGCGGCGGACAAGACGGAGAUCACGCCGUUUAGCGCGUUCCUGUCGCUGACGUCGUAUCUGAGCCAGCACGCGCAUCGCUCGACGCGGACAACAUUGUACGCGCAUCUUAAUCUUUUUAUUCUGCAAAUCAUCAUCGAGGAUCAGGUGCUGGUGAAGCGCGUAUGUAGCGACGAUAGCAAGACUUUAGUCAGGCUGUGUCGGCAGCGACAGCCUUUCCUGCCCGUGGUCAAGGGCGAUCGCGUGCUGGCGACUGUUUUGCUGGAUAUGAUGAUCGACUGCGUCAACCAUAAUCUGCGCCGCCGCCUCGACACGGAUCUCUACAUCCAGUCCUUGGGCUUGAUCUUGCGCAUUAUCUCGUUCCUGGGAAGGUCCCGGAUACGCCUUGUGUACCACUGGUCGGAGCUGUGGCGAUCGCUGCUGUCGUUUAUCCGAUUCCUGACGACAUACGCGGCAGACAUCAAAACGUUGGGACACUCGUCACGGCUGAUCAAUGAUGUGGUCAACGUGAUUGCGCUGUCACUAUCGACGGGCGAAUCAUUCCUGCCGGACCCGGCUGCGUACGACGACCUGUUCUACAAGCUCGUGGAGACAGGCGACAUCCUGACAAAGUUCCGCGAUGCGUACGACCUGACCAAAUCGAGCACGAACAACAUCGAGACACUCGUCAGCGUGUCGGCCCACUAUUAUGCACUGUUGGAGGGAGAUGAGAAGGGCAAGGUCAAGAGCAAGAAUCUCAGCCCGAGGGAAGUGAGUAAGGUGAUUAAGCAGGGAUACGAGACGCUGUCCAUCCAGGCCAAGGAAGGCUUGGACCAUUGGGACAGGUAUCGCGAGACGGAUCACAAGAGCACAUUGAAGAGAAUGGCGAGGUGCGCGGUCGAGGACGCAAAGGCACUGGUGGCAGAGAAGUAAGUGUGGCUAUGUAUUGACUGCUACUGGAUGAGGCAGUUCCAAUUUUGCUGGGUCAGCCAACCGGACAAGAGCCUCACGGCCCCGGUCGGCGACUCACGGCCCCGAUCUGUUUUGUUCUUCGGACCUGUAUUCUCAAAGAGCUUUAGGGGACAAUAAUUCGAACACCUGACUUCU